AAGGGUAGAUAACACACUCUUUGACGUAGCGUUUUUCAAAGGCUCAAGACACUGACUGCGGCUGAGUGUCUGUCUGCUGGAGAUAAAGGGAACACUGUGAGUUUAGAACCAGGUUGCAAGUAUGGCUGCGAAAUUUUACGAACUCACAGCUAACCUACUGACGGGAGAACCGUUCAGUUUUUCUAGCCUUAAGGGCAAAGUUGUCCUCAUUGAGAAUGUGGCGUCUCUCUGAGGUACGACCUCCAGGGAUUACACCCAGAUGAACGAGCUCCACGAGCGCUACGGCAGCAAAGGGCUCGUUAUCCUGGGAGUACCCUGCAACCAGUUCGGCCAUCAGGAGAACUGCAAGAACGAAGAAAUCCUGCUGUCUCUGAAGUAUGUCCGUCCUGGAAAUGGCUUCGAGCCAAAGUUCCAGCUCCUGGCCAAGGUGGAUGUGAAUGGCAAGGACGCCCAUCCUUUGUUUGUGUUCCUGAGAGAGUCACUUCCAUUCCCCAGCGACGAUCCGUCCUCCUUGAUGGGUGAUCCCAAAUGUAUCAUCUGGAGCCCCGUAUGCAGGAACGACGUGUCCUGGAACUUUGAGAAGUUCCUCAUAGGGCAAGAUGGAGUGCCGUUCAAGCGUUACAGCAGGAGGUUCCUCACCAGCAACAUUGAGGGAGACAUCAAGAAGCUCCUGAACCAGGCUAACUAAUGCACCGUCCUCACCUGUUCCAUAUUCUCAGAACUGUCUAAGCGUGCUUAAUAUUUCUGUUCAGCUCUGUAGAUGGUGUUUGACUCUGUUUAGACCACCUGUGCUCACUUGUACCUGAUGGCUGUCUUCUGUUCUUAUACUAAAUGAAGGCAUCCUCUGAAACCAAGCGAUUUGUGAGGAGGAUAUCUGAUGAAAUGUAAAAGGCUGAAUAUUUCCAGCUGAAUUGGGUGCAUGUAAAGCACAGCUGUGUUUCAAUGUGUUAAGAGGACCAAUAAAUGUAUUUUUACAAAAAGAAA